UCAGAGAAACCUGAGGCCGUAAAUCAUGGAUUAGAGGUCCCAUUUAAUGGGAUAGCUUCUAAAUAUAUAUCAAAAUUACUAACGCAAAAACAAAAACGAAAUACUAAUCGUGAAAAACUAUUUUACUCUCCCUAUGUUGCACCAAUUGCUAGUAACCAUUUUUCCGAACCAUAUAAAAACGGUUAUCAGGGUUACAAUUUUAAAUUACAACAGGUACCCUUCAAUCAUUUCCAUCAAUUUAAAAAGUCGUAUUAUUUUCCAAAGGAGCAAAAAGAGCGUAUGAUUGAAAGCAACUUCAAUCCAGAUUUACUUGAAAAUAAUUUCGUAUAUCAUGAUAAUAACGACGACGAUCACGAUGAUUACAAGCCACGAAUCCAUGUUGCUAUUGAAACAGAAAAACGUGAAAAAAUACCCGACAAAAAAAUACCCGAAAAAUUCGUGCUGCUUAAGUCUACUCAAAAAAGAUCUAUGAUUGAUGAAGAGAUUCUUGUACCAGCCAGAGCAGAGAACAACCCUGGUAUAAGACAUGAGAUAAACUCUAUUGAACGAUCGCAAAAAAGAGAUAAAAUUCUUAAACUUAAUAAAAGAAGUGUAUGGGACACAGAAAACCCUGUCGCGCGAACAACAGUACUUGGAAAAAAAGCAGAAAUGAAUCCUAUUCUUCAAAUGCUCAGAGCUGCUGCAGGCCAAAAAACUCAAAAAAUAUUAGGAUUAAAUAGCAAAGCAUUUGAUAUAUUUCCUGGACCUAUGCCUGAAGAACGUGAAACAAGCAACAGUUUAGAAGGUGCUUCUGUUACAUCAGAGCAAAAUAUAGAUUUUUCUUCUGCAGCACAAACAAAUCAUCAUAGAAGAGCAAACUUGCGAAAUAAAUUUAAUAGCAGAUCUCCCUCUCCAGCAAUGUAUGAGACAAUGCCGCAAGUAUUUGAAAUGAACAAAGCAACAUCUGAGCAAUUUAACGAAGUAAAUGGUCCAAUUGAGGGAACAGUUCCUGAGCAAUCUUUAAUAAAAGAUUAUGAGGGACACAAUAAUGGAUAUAAUUUUCAAAAUCCAAUGCAAAAACACCACUCACAAAUGUUUAUUGGUACUCCUAACUUUGGGAACCCUAUAAACUUUUUUCGCAGUCAAAGCACUAUAUUUCAAAGACCACAACGUCAAUUUACAGAUCAAUAUCAAACACAAACCCAUCAUGAGUUAGCCCAAUUAAGAAAUGUUUUUCCGGAAAUGAAAAAUCAGUUUGAGAGCUUUUCUAGAGGAACUCAAAAUCAGCAACCAUUUCCUGGCCAGAACAUUCCGUUUGAAAACUUUAAUAACCAAGAAAGUGACAGGGAUGCAACGUAUCAACAAGAAUAUAUGCAAGGUCAACAAAAUGACGACUAUUUAAAUCAAAUGAAAGAGUUUCCUUAUCAAGAACGAGUUGCACAAGAGGCUGCUUCAAAAGCAAUGAUGGAUGAUCAAGACCAGGAACAAGAAAGGCAAAUGAAUUUAGGUAGAGCAAUUCACGAACAACAAGAAGCAGAGUUUAUCCAACAGCAAAAAAUAUCAGAAGCAAUGAGAGAGAUUUCAAAUCAGCAACAACAACAACAAGAAAACGAACUAAAAGUUCGACACCAACUUCCAACACCUUACUUUUUAAAUAAACUGUUGAGAUUUCCCUCACUUAGUUCUAAUGACGUAAUAAAUACUGAUAAGUACCGUAAUUGGAGAGAGUUAAAUAAUUUGCAAGCAAUAAAAAAGCAGUAUACUGAACCAGAACCAAUUUAUUCUACAAACGGAAAUAAAAAUCCAGCAUAUUUUCAGCAAGCCGUUGCUAAGCAACAAACACAUCCAUUUGUUGGCUACGAACACAAUAAAUCUUUGCUUCCAAUUGGCCCGGUGUCUGCAUUUUCUUCAGUAAAUGAUGAAGACGAGGACGAAGAAAAACCAGAAGUUCAUGUGCAUAUAUCAACAGAAAAAUCACACAUAGCAAAACCUAUAAAGUAUUUUUCACAUAAAAAAUGGUAAUCAUCAGGAAGAAUAAUUUUAAAAAUGCAUAAAAAUCACUCCAGAAAUGAUGAAAACUUCAUUGAAGUGAUUGUAUUAAAGUUCAGUAAGUCGAGUGGGUUUGUGUAACUUAUACACGUAGAUUAAAUAAAAACUCUUAUAUUGCUGAGCUAAUAUAGUUUCAUACGUUCUGUAUUUUAUCGCAAAUGGCGUUUUGGUUUUGUUUUAAAAUCAAUAUUUUGAAAAUUA